AUGGACGUGUCCGCCGGCCUGGAUACGUCGCACUCUAGCAUACGCUCGACUCCCAGUACGCGGCGAGCGCGGAGAAGUGCACAGCACGAGGCGGAAAUUCGGCGCCUGCUUGCUAAUGCAUGCAGGAAAGACGAGGCAUGGGAGGCUCGAAGCCCACCCAGUCCCGAUACGACGUCGCCCUUCGGCGAGAACUCGUACAACUCGCCGUCCAUUGCGGCGCGCUCUUUCCGCAGUGCGCGCGCGCCGAUGCCGCAUACGCAUGCACAGCAUUCCCAGCACACACCAGCACCCGACUUUGGCGAUGAGUAUACGCGAAAAUUUGACCGGCGUAUGCACGCUUUGUCUUUGCGGCCCACGCAUGGGGAAGAGGGCGGUGUAGCACCGUCGCGCUCGCCCAGCACACCCAUGCAUUCUCGUCGCACGGUGUACCCUGGUAGUGCGCCGCGCGCCCUUCGCCAUGGCACGCCACGAGUUGAUCGAAACGAAGAUGCGCCCCAUCUGGGAAACUUGGAGCUUGCAUUGCAGCAGUUCCACCAGUGCGCGCCGAGGAUACCCAAUGCCCAAGCGCUUGUCACGCCCGCCCUGUGCACGCAAAUGGACUGUGCCGUGAACGCGGCCCAAGCGGUGAACCGCGGACUGCGCCACGCCAUUUCGACAUCGCUCGAGACGCGCAUGUCAUUUGCGCUACGCCCAGGCUACGAUGCUAUGGACCAGCUUGCAGCCGCGUUUGACUCCGCACUGGGCAGUGUACUCCGCGAUAGCGACGACCAAAUCCGGUGCCUGACAGACACGCUGAUCGUCAUCACCGGCGAGGAGCGCCAGCGCCAGCGCCAUGCCGGACGCGAGCCGCACAGCCCGAGACACUUGGUGCCAGCGAACCCUGCGCCCCGUGCGCCGUUCCGCAGCGCCAGCCGACCGCCCACAGGCCCGUGGCACGACCAACUCUUUGCGCAGUCGCCGCAGGACGCGCUUGCGCACAGCCAACCGACCUCGCCGUCCUUGGCGCCACUCCGACCCAGCGCGCUAUUUUCGCCGCCCGUGUCUGGCACGCAUUCCUGCUCGACGCCCGCCGCGUACGCCGGCGCACCUGCGUGCGUGCGCGAACGCUUCGACUCCCCAUACCGUAGCCUGGACAUAGACUAA